AUGUCUGCUGGAAGCUUCUACACAUCCAAUGGUGACCAGAAUCUUGGCAUUCAGGUGGUCCAGAAUAAUGCACCGAUCAACGCCGAGAUCCAUGUCCCGCUAGAGCCACUAGAGCAGACCCCGCAGCCAUUCGCCUCGAUUCCUUUCCGUCCUGAUUGUGCCUUCGUCGACCGCGGAGACAUUCUCAGCCAAAUCCAUACUCGCUGCUCCGAGCCGGCCAGUCGUGUUGCUUUAGUCGGCCUCGGUGGUGUUGGCAAAUCCCAGCUAGCUAUAGAAUUUGCACACCGAAUCAAGGAAGCCUCGACCGAUACAUGGGUAUUCUGGGUCCAUGCUGCCACACCCGCUCGAAUAGUGGAAGGCUUUAAAGGGAUUGCUGAUAAUGUCAAGCUACGGGGUCGCAAUCAGCCGAAAGCCGACAUCCUCCAGCUCGUUUAUAACUGGCUAUCGGCGGAACAACAUGGCAAAUGGCUUAUGAUUUUAGACAGCGCUGACGAAUAUAAUGUGAUGUUCGGCGCAAACAAAUACACGAGCGAUGGGCGGCCAUUAGCGGACUUUCUACCGCAGAGCCAAAAUGGAUCUAUCAUCCUUACCACACGCAACAGGAACCUGGCUUUCCGACUGACUGGCGAUUACUCAACAAUAUUCGACAUCGGCCCGAUGACAGAGGAAGAAGCUCUAAUGCUCUUUAAGAAUAGAGCUGGCUCGCUGUCAGAUGUUGAUGAUGCGGCGCAUCUCGUGAAGGUACUUGACCUUAUCCCGCUAGCCGUCAGCCAGGCCGCGGCCUACAUACGAAAUAGGGCGCCACACAGGUCUAUCAAGCAGUAUAUGGACAAGUUCCGAGAGAGUGAGGGCAAAAGAGCAAAGCUUCUUAGUCAGGAUGCUGGCGAUUUACGUCGAGACCUUCGCCAACGCCAGGAUGGAGCCGCGUCGAAUGCCAUCUUGACGACAUGGCAAGUGACCUUCGAGUGUAUCCGCUCCGAACGACCAUCGGCUGCAGAUCUCCUUUCACUUAUGAGCUUCUUCGACCGGCAGGGGAUUCCAGAAUCUCUGCUAAAGCCAUCGAAAAGUACCAGAGAUGUUGCGCACAUAAGCAGCCUGGAAGAGACAAUCGACUUAGAGUCGGGUGGCUCUAGUGAUUGCGAUAUUGACGGCGAUUUCGAGGACGACAUAGCGACACUUAGAGACUACUGUAUGAUUACAUUAGCCGACAUUGAGAAUACGUUCGAGAUGCAUGGGCUCGUGCAGCUAUCAACUAGGAGAUGGCUGAAAGCCUAUAAGCGUCAGGAAUAUUUCCUGAAUCAGUACGUGACAUUGAUGACUGAUUCGUUCCCAACUGGGGACUAUAGGAAUUGGAAGACGUGUCGCACACUCUUUGCCCAUGUGGAAGUAACAAUGGAGUAUCGGCUAAGGGAGAAGAGUGUCAAGGAGAAGUGGGCCAAUCUCUUAUAUAAUGGAGGAUGGUAUGCAUGGUUGCAAGGCAGGUACACCGUCGCAGAACGGAUGGCCCGCAGAGCAAAAGAGACGAGGGAAGAUAUUAUGGGAAGUGAGAAUGUAGAGACUCUAGCAAGUAUAUCACUGCUUGCGAGGAUUCUCUCGUAUAAAGGGUCAUAUACACAUGCCGAGAAGCUUGAGGUGCAAGUGAUAGAGACUUCCAAUCUUGCAUCAACAUACACGAGCCAGGGCCGAUAG